AUGGCAGCAGUCACCAUGCCCACGACCGCCACCCACCCUGUCCCCGACGGGCUUGGUGCCUCUGCUUUGGACAACCAAGGGACCGCGUCCCAGUCUCUAUCCCUACCUCCUCAAGUCCAUACCCCUCCCACUACCGACGAGGGGAGUCAUAAGGAUGAUGACGCCGCCUCGACUUCCUCGCUCUCCGAACUCGACGACGACAUUGAUGAUGAGGAAAACAGGAUGAGAUUUGAGGAGGCUGCACGCGCUGGCGCAGAAGCCGAACAGUUUUCGGAGGUCAAACCCGACAGAUAUGAGAAUGGAGUUCCGAUCUUUACUCCGACAAUGGCCCAGUUUAAGGACUUCCAAAGAUAUGUCAAGGGCGUGGACCCUUACGGCAUGCAGUCAGGUAUCGUCCUCAUCGAUCCUCCUGAAGAAUGGAAGCGCGCUCGGAAGGCUCUGGACGAAAUGGUCAAGACCAUCAGGAUUAAAAAUCCCAUCACCCAGGAAUUCCACGGUGCACAAGGGAUCUACACCCAAAGAAAUAUGGAGAAGAUGCGGUCUUAUACCCUUCCACAAUGGAAAUCCCUCUGCGAGCAGACCGAAAACCAACCACCCGCCAAGCGUGGUGAGAAGCGCCUAAACGCUGACAAAUUACUCGGACGAGGAACCGCUCGCAGCAGGAAAACCGAAGCAUCAGCAACACCCGAGGCUUCCAGAAGAGCCUUGAGUCGCGCCAAAUCCAUUCCUAUCAAAGAGGAACCCACCGACCAUGAUUCUACCCUCCUUGCCCCGCCGACGCCUACCAGUCCCGAGGUGAAGCCAACGGGUCUGGAAAAUGAGGAAGCAGAUGAUGAGGCGGCUUCCACAACUGCUGACCCAACUCCAACCAAGGCCAAGAGAGGGAGGGGCAGACCACCUGGUACUGGCAGACCAAGAGGACGGCCACCCAAAAACGCCAACAAGAAGGAAACUUCGAGUGUUGGCAAGGGGGCAGAGACCACUGUUGCCGCCCGCCGACUACGGAACGCCCGGGAGGCCAUGGAUGAAAUCGACGAGGAGGCUUUCCGGGAUUUUGAUUAUAGGGUAUACGAUAACGACCAGUGGACGCCCGAGCGAUGCGACGAACUCGAAGAGAAAUACUGGAAAAGUCUGAACUUCAGCAACCCCAUGUAUGCUGCUGACAUGCCGGGCUCUUUGUUUGAUGAUGAUACCAAGGAGUGGAAUGUCGCAAAACUACCAAACUUGCUGGACCUUUUAGGACAACCUAUCCCCGGUGUCAAUACCGCCUACCUGUACCUUGGGAUGUGGCGAGCAACUUUUGCAUGGCAUUUGGAAGACGUGGAUCUCUACAGUAUCAACUACAUCCAUUUCGGUGCUCCAAAGCAAUGGUACAGCAUAUCUCAAAAGGACGCCCCCAAAUUUGAAGCGGCCAUGAAGUCUAUCUGGUCCUCAGAUGCUAAGGACUGUGAUCAGUUCUUGCGCCACAAGACUUACCUCGUCUCGCCUGCAAUCCUAAAAUCGAAGUUUGGGGUCAACGUCAAUAAAGUUGUUCAUCGUGAAGGCCAAUUUGUCAUCACCUUCCCCAUUGGAUAUCACUCCGGCUACAAUCUGGGUUACAACUGCGCAGAGUCUGUCAAUUUCGCAAUUGAAAACUGGUUGCAAUAUGGUAAGACAGCGCGCAAGUGCCAAUGCGAAGCCGACAGUGUCUUCAUCGAUGUGGACUGGUUUGUCCGCCGGAUGAACGGCGAGCCUACACCUGAGUUUGAAGAAGUUGAGGUUACCGACGACGAAGAUGAGGACGAACCAACAGACCUGCCCACGCCUCCCAGUAGCGAUAGAGGCAGGAUCAAGAUUCCACAGAAGAGAAAACGUGCUGUGAAGGAGCUCGCUCCUAACAAGAAGGCCAGGAAAAUCAUCAAGAUCAGAAAAGUCAGCAAGAACCAGCCCUGCUGCCUGUGCCCGAACGACUUCUCCUGGGAGGAGCUUUUGCCGACGACACAAGGCCAGCGUGCACACAGAACUUGUGCUAUGUACACGCCAGAAACUUACAUUGCUAGCAAUGACGGCGAAGAAAUGGUCCAUAAUGUUGAGAACAUCAGCAAAGAUCGUCUGGAACUCAAAUGCCACGAGUGCCGGCAGAAAAAAGGAUCGUGCUUUCAAUGCUCAUCAGCAAAAUGCACCAAAUCGUUCCACGCGACCUGUGCAAUGCAAGCUGGUGUUCAAGUCGACAAGGGCGAAAUCGCUGUUUGGCACGAAGGGGUGGAGUAUCGCGAUAUCGGCUUCGACUGGAGAUGUCGUCUGCACCGUACAGUCAAACGCACAAGAAUCACCAGUGAACUUUCGGCCUGCAAUCACGCAAACAAUUGCUGGCAGAAUGCUGAGUUCCGACGGUUCCUUUUCGGCCUCAAGAAAGGGGAGCUUAUUCAAUUUCAGGCAACCAAUUUCGACGAUAUUGAAGCCGGCCUGGUUAUCGCUGGGUACGACGAAGGUCAAGACUCUGUGCUUGUCAAGAUACUGCCAGAUCUGAAACAGGUGAAAGAAGUAGAUCCCACUUCGAUCCUGUUCGUCGACUCCGCCACCUCGUAUCUACAGAAGCCAAGUGCAAAUGCGCUCGACCUACCGGAAGAACUCCAGGGCAUGACUGCUUCACUACCCGAGUCCACCGAGAAGAAGCCAAGUCCAGGCGACCUGUUCACCGAGGAGCCAAGAACCGAAUGGGCAGAAUUUGUCUGUUCUCUACCUCCCGUGAACAAAGCACAGAAGCCCGUUGAUCUGGCCAAGGAAAAACAACUGUGGUUGUACCUUGGAGAGAUUUCGUCGGAAGGAAAGGCAUUCUAUACGGCCGAUCCUGACAAACCGGUUCAUGAUCCUGCCGCAAACUUCCUCGACAUAGUCAUGCCUUCCAAAAAGGCAAUGGCACCACCACCUCAACCCAAGCGGCAAGCGUUCUCGGCUUCCCACCCAUUAGUCAAUUUUGCCGCAAAGAAUGCUGCAAUGGCAAGCAUUAGGCAGAAUGUCGAUAAACAGCAGUUGCAGAGUUCAGCCCUUCCAGGGACUUUCAGCGGAACGACACAAGAUCUCACGAUGGGAAGCAAUCAAGCAAGGCCCAUCAAAGCCAGCCAGAUCAAACCAUCGCAGUACAAAGACAUCAUGACUGGCCAAGAAGCUCGCCUGAACGAGCAGGCGCGGAUCUUCCAGCGACAACAAGCCAAGGUCCGCCAGCUUGACGCCGCAGAAGGCUCCAGUACCUCCAUACGUCAUGGUGGCAUUGGGAUUGAUCUCGAAGCUGUCCAGCGCCAGAGGCACUUCCAACAACAAGCAUCUCAACAUGCUAAGCAUAUGAAGGAGUGGUCAAACGAUCCAUCGCUGCCCCCGCUCAAACAGUACGAGCCCUUCCCGAGCUUCACUACACUCGACAACACUGGGCGUUACGGUCCUACAAUGAUGAAUUCAAACAUCAGGUCACAACAGUACGAAUAUAGCAGCGACUGGAUGAAUCCUGGCGCCACAGAGCGGAGCCCUAGUUUUGGACAUGGUCCAAAUUCAGGUCUCAACUCGAUGCUUUCACCCCAAUAUGGCCGACCCCAAUCCCCUGCCACUUCUUCCUUCCCUUCAUAUGUGCAACAAUCCCACCUUCAGUUUCCGUAUCACAGCGGUCCGAGUCACAGUCCCCAAGGAACUUCCACUACAAGCACACCAUAUCAACAGCCCCGCAUCGAAACCAUCCGUGCCGCCGCAAGCCAACCACCUCUGCCUCCACCUUCUGCCGAAGUCGAGCGUCGACGCCGGAUUUCCAACCCGGCUUACCCAUUCAAAAGCCCCGAUCAAAUCAAGGCUCAAAAGGAGGCAGGAAAGCACUCUCCAGCUGGCAGCAGGCCGAGCAGUUCGUACAUGAUGCCCAGUCCCAGCCUGCAGCAACAUGACACCUCGCCUUCAUUUAUGCAGCAUGCCAACUCAUCCGCUACGAGCCCUUCGAUGCAACCACUAGAUCCGCAGAACCCACCUCAAUUUAUCAACCCAAAUGCUACGCAGAUCAGCCCACCUGGGUCCAGUGCAGGACAUCGCUCUGCGAGAGGCAGUUUCUCUGGAUUAGGUUUGUCAUCGGCCGUCUCCCUCCCUUUGAGUCACAUGGGAAUUAAAAGGAGCGCCUCGAUGGACAUGAUGGAUUUGGACAUGAUGCAUGACAUGGCGCCCUUCCCUGCUGCGAGCAUCAAUCUACAAAUCAGCAAUUACAUUCCUAAGCGCUCAAUUUUCGAUCCUCUCAACACAACUGUCCAUGGCGGCAUGAUGCAACCAAAGCCUCAAGCGCUUCCCAAGCCAAUUCUGCCGCAUUCCUCGACAAUCCACUUCUCUCCUCCGCCUCCUAUGGCCGACCCGUCACCCCUUCUUGUCCAAUCUCUGGAGAAACGUCCACUUGGACCGACUGGGUUGCUGCUCAACGAUCGCCCGAUCCCGAAACAGCUGAGCGAUUGGUCUGCAAGGGGUGGAUUCUGGGCGAGGGUCGCAGGCUACUAUAUUCAGAAACAUAAGGGGAUGGCUAGUGUUUAUCGGAGCCCAUUCAUCGCGGUUAAGGACAAAGUUGGGCUGGAUAGUUGGGAAGGCGGCCUGGCGGAACGUUACUACGACAGUCUGGAGCCUUCGGAGAGGGAGAGAAUUGAUGCUUUCAGGGACGGUAAAGCUCAAUCAUGA